AUCAAUCAAUCAAUUGAACAAAUGAUCAAAUUCAUUCGAUUGUUGUUGUUGUUUUUGUUGGAAAAUUCUUAAUUUUAUUGUUUGUUGUUCAUCAAAUAAACCAUUAAAUUAUGGUUAACAUAAUGAAACCUGUGUUAUUAUUAUUUCAUCAAAAUUUUCAAUCAUCAUACAUUAUUUGGUUAUUUACAUUUUGGCUAUUGAUUUCAAUAAAUGAUGCUAAAAGUAAAUUACCCAAUUAUCAAUCAAUAUUAUGUGCCGAUAUUCAUUGUAAAGAACCUAUCGCUGAUGGUAUUACAACCAUACGAUAUCCAUCACCGGAUAGAAAUUUAUUAUCAUUUAAAAAAGAUUUAAAUGUAAAAAUAUUAGGAAAAACUGAUGAUAAAAUUUAUUAUUUUGCUGAAGUAAAUAAAAAACGUGGUUUUGUGCCUGCAAAAUUAAUCAAAGAAACAAAUGUUCAUUUUGAUGAAACCAAACUUGAUAAAGUUCAAUUUGAUUUUGAUGAAUAUGAAAAAUCAUUAAAAUCAUCUAUUUCGAUUGUUGAAUCUGGUUCGGAUAUUCUCGACGAUAGUAAUAAUGGUCAAAUUAAUGAUUCAAUUGUAUUGAGCAGUUCUUCUAAUGUUGAUCAUCAUAAUCAAGUGCCCAAUGAUUCAUCAAUAUCACAACAAUCAUCGGCAACACCAUUUGUUUAUUCACAAAAAGUUACUGUUAUUGAUGGAACUACUAUAAAUGAAGAUCUUCUUGGUGGAUUAAACACUGCCACACCAUCACCAACAUUUGUUCAAAAUCCAGUUACAAAAACAGCAACGAUUGAAGCAAAUUUCAGCAAUAUUAUUGAUAAUGAACUUGAUUCGAAAAAUGUUAACAAUCAAAAUGAAAGUGAAUUAAAUAAACAACAUGGAUCAUUAUUAAAACAAUUAGGUGAACCUAUGGUUGUCGUUCAAAAUUCUACUGUCGAUUCAACUGUUCAAGAUGAUGUUACUGUUUCUGGUGAAGAUUCAUCCGAAAUUGUUGAAUCAUUAGAUGCUGUUCACAAUUCAACUUCUAAUGUAGUCAAUGAAGAAAAAAAUGAUAGCAAUAAAGAAUCAACAAAGAAUUCAACAUUAGUAGCCGAUGAAAAUGAAGUUAAAGUUGAAGAAAAUAAUGAUGAUAAAACGGUGCAACAAGAAAUGAAAAUUUCUGAACCUGAAGCACCAAUCAAUUCAGAUUCGGUCAACAACAACCAGAUACCAAAAACUAAUGAUUCGGAUGUUUUAAAAGCUGAAACAGUAAUGAAUGAAACUUUGAAUGAAAAUCCAUCGAUACAAGAAGAAAAAAAGGAAAAUUCAAAUAACCUCGAGGUUGAUAAAAUUAAUGAUAAGGUAGCUGCUGAAUCGGCUAAAAAUGAUUCGCAAACUACGAUUGAACAGCAACAAACUGUUGAACAAGCAUCACAAUUGCCUGUUAGUAAUGAUAGUAAUCAACAACAACAACAGCAAAAAAAUGAUGAUUUUCAACAAGAAAUCCAUCGAGCAAAAAGAGAUUCAGAACAACAACAACAGACGGAAAAAGUUGAAGAAAAUAAUCUCAAAGAUGCAAGUAAUAAUCAAUCUUCGAUAUCUUCUUCUAACAGCACUGUGGAUAAUAACAACAACAACGAUAAUGUUGAUUCAAUAUCAUCUUCAUCACAAACCUCGUCGCAGCCGAUAGCCGCUGCAGACAUUCCACAAAAUUUACAUCAGCAAAUUCAUCCUCCAGCUCAUCAUCAUCAUCAUCAGCAACAACAAGCAUCACCACCAACAAAUGUUGAUUCUUCCAAAAUCAAUCCAGAAUUGAAUGAACAAAAUGUACAACCGGUUAACAAUAUUAAUCAACAAGUCGAUAGUAAUAAUAAUCUUCCUCCUCAUCAGCCUCAUUUGCAUCCAAAAUUGAUUCAACGUACUCAUGUUGAAGAUUUAAAAGAUACAGUUAAUGUUGAUCCAUUGAAUAAUCCUCAGCCGCCGCCACCACCAAUACAACAGCAACAACAACAAAUUCAUUCUACACCAGAAUCGUUACCGGAAUCACCAAAUUCCAAUAAAGAAUAUUCAAAUGAAAAUCAUCAUUCGCAAUCAACUGCAAAUUUUCAUGCCGAAGGAAGUGUUUUAAAUUCAAAACAUAAACCAUUUGUAGAGAAUAGACCAGCACCUAUCGAUAAUCAAAAUCAACAACAACAACAACAAUCAGUUGUAUCGGAAAGAUUAUUAGUAAAUCCGGUUAUACAUUCGGAACAAUAUCAACCACCAGUUAAUAGUAAUAUAUUUAAAAGAAAAUUAUUAGCCGAAAGAGUUGGAUUUGUUAGUGUUAUUAUGGAGAUAAUACCGGAUGAAGUGGAACUUUUUUUCGAAAGUUUUAAUAUUUCAUUACAUGCAAUCAUAUUUACAUCGAUUGUUGCAUUUUUUUGGUGUUUAAUGAAAGUUUUCAUAUUUUUCGUUAGUUCAUCGAAAAAAGUCCGUGAAUUACAAGAUACAAUUUGUCAAACACAAAGAAAACUUUAUUAUUUUGAAGCAGAAAAAGAUAAGAUCAAAGAAGAAUAUGUUCUUUGUCGUGAUGAGUAUUCUUGCUAUAAAGAUAAUCUUCAUCGAAUUGAAAAACGUAAAUAUCAAUUGGAACAAGAAAAUGAAAAACUAAAGACUGAAAUUGUAGGUUUGAAAAAAGAUAAUUCAUCAUUGAAAAUUCAAGCCGAAUCAAAUCCAAUAAUUAGUUCGAAAUUAGAUCAAAUUUCAUUGGAAUUAAAUAGAUUUAAACAAGAAAAUAAUGAAUUAUGUUCGAAAAUUGUCGAACUUGAAACACAAAUCGAUCAGAAUUUGACGACUAUCAAACAACAAGAACGAGCUGCUCGUGCUGAUAAAGAAGAGAUUGACAACCUGAAUGAUCAAUUAAUGACAUUGAAUGAAGAGAUAGAAAAAUUAAACGAAACAAUCAAAGAAUUGGAACAACAAUAUAAUAUUGUACAAUCGGAAAAUCUUGAUCUUAAAGAAUUACAAAAUAAACUUAGUGAAGAAUUAAAAGAAAUGAAAGAUGAUUUACUUUCGUCGGAAGAAAAAGCUAGAAAUUUUGAAAAUGAUUAUAAAUCAAUGGAAUCGAAAUUGAAAACAAGUGAAGAAAAAAUGGCUACAUUUAUGAAAGAAAUUGAAAAUAAAAAUUCCGAAAUUAUUUCAAUGCAAACAUUAUUGAAUAAAUUGAAUAAAAAUUUAACAAAAAGUAAAGAACAUGUUCGUCGUCGACAAAGAUCCGCUACUAAUAUGAAUGGUGAUCUUGCUAUUGAUGGUGUUAAUGGUGAUGAAGAUUUAAUCAAUAAUACAAAUGAUGAUGAUGAACAAAAUAUUGAAGGUGGUGGUGAAGAUUCAAUUUGUCUGCAAGAUGUUAUACAAUUACAACUUCGUUUAACACAAAUGGAAACAGAAAAAGAACAAUUUAGACAAAAAUUUGAAACAGUACAAAAACAAUUACAAGAUAUAACAGAUGAAAUAGAAUCAACAAGAAAAUUAAAUCAACAAUUAAAACAAAAUGCUGAAAAUGCAUUACAAGAAAAAUUUAAAGCUAUAACCGAAUUAGAAGUAUUGUCCAAAUAUUAUAAAGAAAAAGAAUUGGAAUAUGCUAAAGAUAUUGGUGUACAUAGAGUUAAACAAGAACAACAAAAUGAAGAUGUUGAAUCAUUAUUAUCAAAAUUAAAUGUUACCGAAGAAGAAAAUACCAUUAUAAAAGAUCAAUUAAAAUCGAUAAAAAAAGAAUUAGAAGAAACUGAACGUCGUUAUAAAAGUCAAUUAAAUCAAUUGGAAAAACAUUCACAUGAAAAUUGGAUAGCUGCACGUUCAGCUGAACGAAAAUUAGAGGAAACAAAAGCUGAAGCUUCUGCCUUACGACAAGCCUUAUCACAAUCGGUAAAAUCUCCACCGCCGGGUGAAUUUUCUUUUGGUGGUUAUUUAGACGAUACGGCUAGUUCGGUUAGUUCAAUACCUGAAGCUCUUAAUACUUCAUUACCGGUACCACCACCACCGCCUCCACCAUUUCCGUUUCCAUCGAUAUUUGGUUCAACAAUACCUCCACCACCACCACCGUCUCAAGUUUUAGGAACACCAUUGACCAAUCCAGCGGCAAAUCUAUUCGAUCUGAAUGAACAACAUAAUGCAGCUGUUCAUGCAGCUGCUACAAAUUCCUCUUAUUGGAAUUCACCAUCCGCUGUUGCUGCUCCAGUUACUGCUCAAGCUCCAAUUAUUCAAGCUCAAAGUUCCAAUACAUCGAAUACAUUUGCAUUUGAUCCAUCCAAAAAUAUUGCAUCUACCGAUAUAAAUAUGACAUAUACACAGAUAAAUCCAAUGUCUCAUCAUCAACAACAACAACAACAACCACCAUCGCAGCCUUCCAAUUCUAAUAUUCAACAACAACAACAACCACAGCAAUAUAAUACUAACAAUUCGUAUGGUGGUUAUUAUCCAAGUGGCGGUCAUCAACAACAACAACUGCAACAACAUUCGUUUCAUUCCAGUCAAUUGGAUUUGACACGGAAUACUUAUUCACCUGCAUUAUCUCAACGUUCAACGCAUACACCUUUGACUACGGUCAAUCCGAAUGCAAUUAAUCAUCAUUAUGAUAUGCAAAGAGCUUCACAAUCUAAUCCAUAUGUAUCGCCACCACAGCAACAACAACAACAACAACAGCCUAAUCCAAAUCCAUUUAGUUUAAAUUAUACAACAACUGGCUAUACUCAACAACAACAGCCACCACCAUCUACAAAUGAUGUUUAUUCAAAUUCUCAUCAUCAUCAACAACAACAACAGCAAUCAUAUAAUAUUGGUGGACAUCAACAACAACAACCUGUGAUCGAUCCAAAUAAUACAAUGCAUUCAUCAUAUUCUUCUUCUUCAACACAACAACAACAACAACAACAAGGAACAAAUUAUACGACACAUCAGCCAUCAAUAUCAAAUCAAUCAAGACCACAAUCGGUCCAUAAUCAGAUGGUUUAAAAAUGAUGUUUGAUGAAUGUGUUAAUUUGAAAGAGUUUUUCUGAAUGUCCCAAUUUUACAUUUAUGUAGGAAAUGUUUUCUUUUUUC